UCCUUCCCUUUCCGGGCGCGGGCCCCGGGCGGAGCGGCGGGACGGGCGCGGGCCAUGGCGGAGCUGGCGCAGGGGCAGAGCCAGAGCGCGGCGCCCGUGGGGAUCAAGCCCGAGGGUUUCGUAGACGCUCUGCACCGGGCCCGGCAGAUUGCUGCUAAAAUUGGAGAUAUUCCUCACUUGAAUAAUUCUACAACACUUGUGGACCCGUCAGUCUACGGUUAUGGAGUGCAGAAACGACCCCUGGAUGAUGGAGGUCUCCGUGUAAGUGGGCUCCAUGGAGCACAGAUCAGAGACACAGAGAGAAUAGGUAACCAGUUAGGGGCCCUGGUACAUCAAAGGGCUGUAAUAACAGAAGAGUUCAAAGUGCCUGAUAAAAUGGUUGGAUUUAUAAUUGGCAGGGGAGGAGAGCAGAUCUCACGGAUCCAGAUAGAGUCUGGCUGCAAAAUUCAAAUUGCUCCAGACAGUGGUGGGAUGCCUGAGAGGCCCUGUGUACUCACUGGGACACCAGAGAGCAUUGAACAAGCAAAACGGCUUCUGGGGCAGAUUGUAGAUCGCUGUCGGAACGGACCUGGUUUUCACAACGAUGUUGAUGGCAACAGUACCAUUCAGGAGAUUUUGAUCCCGGCAUCCAAAGUGGGUCUAGUCAUCGGCAAAGGAGGUGAAACAAUAAAACAGUUGCAGGAGCGAACAGGUGUGAAAAUGAUUAUGAUCCAAGAUGGUCCUUUGCCUACUGGAGCAGAUAAACCUCUCCGUAUUACUGGAGAUGCAUUUAAAGUACAGCAAGCGAGGGAAAUGGUACUGGAGAUCAUCCGAGAGAAAGAUCAGGCAGACUUCCGAGGCGUACGCAGUGAUUUCAGUGCUAGAAUGGGAGGAGGCAGCAUAGAGGUCUCUGUGCCCAGGUAUGCUGUUGGAAUUGUGAUAGGAAGAAAUGGAGAAAUGAUCAAAAAGAUUCAGAAUGAUGCUGGAGUUAGGAUUCAAUUUAAACCAGAUGAUGGGAUUAGCGCUGAAAGAGUCGCACAGGUCAUGGGGCUCCCGGAUCGGUGUCAGCACGCAGCACACAUCAUCAGUGAGCUCAUCCUCACGGCACAGGAACGAGAUGGCUUUGGAAACUUGGCUGUUGCCCGAGGAAGAGGUCGUGGCCGUGGGGACUGGAGUGUUGGAACACCUGGGGGCGUGCAGGAAAUCACCUACACUGUUCCAGCUGACAAGUGUGGCCUCGUUAUAGGCAAAGGUGGUGAGAACAUCAAGAGCAUAAAUCAGCAGUCAGGAGCGCACGUGGAGCUGCAGAGAAACCCACCCCCAAACACAGACCCUGGUGUGAGAAUAUUCACAAUCAGAGGGGUCCCCCAGCAAAUCGAGCUCGCUAGACAUCUCAUAGAUGAGAAAGUUGGUUGGUCCUCAGGCGUUCAUGACACAGGGCUGGGGCAGCACCUACCAGACGUGGCAGCAGCCUGGACAGCAAGUCCCAAGCCAACAGAGCCAGCAGCAGAACAGCCAUCCCGAUUACAGCAAAGCAUGGGAGGAGUAUUUCAAAAAACAGAGUCAUGCUGCCAGUGCUGCUUCUCAGGCAAGUUCCCAGCCGGACUACACGAUGGCUUGGGCAGAGUAUUACCGACAGCAGGCUGCCUACUAUGGGCAGACACUAGGGCAGGCUCAGGCCCACAGCCAGGAGCAGUAGAACAAGGUCCUCGUGGCAAUUUUUUUUCCUUGGAAUCGUUGUGGAAGAAAACCUUUUUGUAACAGAGGUUUCUAGAUUUACAACAUUUUGAUGAAGACUUUUCUGUUUGUGAACACUAGCUGUAGGAUAAUCUAUACUGAACUUUUCUAAGAAUCAGGAACAAUUAGUAAUGUACUAAACAUAUGGACAUGCUGGUAAUUUUGUUUCCAAAUUUAUAUUAAAAAAAAACCUCCAGGAUUCUUUUUGGAGAGAAGCCAGAGAAUUUGGAGGCACCAAAACACACCCCAGAGCUGUGACAUUUCAACAUGUGGGUUUUUUGUCUGUUGUUUUUUUUUCCUUUUAAUUUUCGAUCAUUUCUGUUGGAACAGAAAGAGUGGCUUGGAAGUCUUAGGUGGUAUGUAACAAAUCUUAAAAAGAAAAAAAAAAUUUAAACAGUAUUUAAAUAUUCUUAAAUAUGUAAAUUCAUUAAAUGUUUUACUUCUAAUUUCUUGUAUCUUGGCUGUCUUUGAUUUUAUUGCAUUUUUAAAAAACUGAACUAUGAUAUGUAUUGUAAUUAAUGAUAUGAUUUCUGUAUUUGAAACAGUUACUGUUUGCAAGUUGGGGGGGGCAUUUUGUAGGGUUUGUAUAAUUUCUAGAGUCUAAAGGGGUAAUAUAAAAAUGUGUUAAUUUUUUUAGCAAUACAUGUUUUCAUGUCUCCAUUGCUAGUUGCAUUUAUGUAUCUAAGACCUCCAAGCUUGUUAAAAAAAAGAAAAACAAAAAAAAAAGAAAAGAAAAAAAACUUCUUCUAUGCUCUCAGAAAUAUAAAUACUGUUAUUUUUAAUAUUAAAAUGAAUCUGCUAUUAGUACCUUUAACAAACACUGUGGAACAUAAAACCGUAUAAAAGGUAGUAACUAUUUUUUAAUUCCAAGGUGUUUUCUGCUUUUUUGUUUCUUUUAAAUAUUUUCUUAUCUAAUAUUUGUCAAAUUACCUAGAGAAAUAAAUGAAUCUAGUAUUAACCACAGUAUGCGCUAAAUAAUUUUGAUUUAAUAAAAGGGAUAAUAUGAUUUCUGAUGUUUACUGUAGUGUUUCUUGUACAGAUAACAGUGUAUUUUUAAAGGAAAAACGGAAUUGAAGCUAUUUUUUCUUGCAUUUUUAAUUGCCCUGCGGGACAUUCCGUUUUUAAAUGUACUGAAUUUACUGUUCUUGGGUUCUUUCCUUAUUUUUCCUUAUGCUUGAAAUGUCUAACUAUAAAGAACCGCAAUUGGAUAAUGUUGAGCAUGGUGUUUAAAAAAAAAAAGUGUUCUUUUUAUUUGACUGACAGUUGCAUUUUACACUCUAUAUAAUAAAAUUUCCACAAGGUGUCUUGUGGGCCAAGUA